AUGGCAGAAGUGCUUCACCACUUGGUGCCCCAGGCGCCGGGACGUGCUGCAGUGCUGCUAGCCCUGGCCUGCCAACUUCUGGACCAAGCUUGGGAAUGCUUUUUCAGAUUGCAGCCAUGGCAGUCCAAAGUGGCUGCACGAGUGGCGGUUCCAGGGUCCAACUGCGAGCAGAGACAGGUGGUCCUGCGAGCCAGAGGACCAGGAAUCGUGCUUGCAGGUGGCCCUCGAACGCCCUCCACUGAAAUGCCUUCGGCAGUGCAGGAGCUGGCCAGUGCUGAUUUCCUGCGCCGCUUACGAGAUGGGGGACCCCAAGCCGAACGAUCCGAAGACCUACCCGUGGUGAAUGCCAGUUGGGUGGCGAAGGAUGCCCAUGAAACUGCACGAAAUGUGGUGAACGCCUUGUGUCAGCACCGCUUCGGCGAGGGUGUCCAUGUGGAUGAAGUCAUUGCCGGCCAAGAAGCCGCGAAAGGUCAAUCCAUGGGCAAAUCGCACUACCCGACCCCGUGCCGCGGCGCAGUUGCAGCAAUUGACAUUGAGGCUUGGAUCCGCAAGCAGCCCAAGAUCCGCGACCGCUCUGCGAUGGACUUCAGUCAGUCAGCUGAAGAGCUGCUCACCAAGCUGGACACCUACAGAGAGCAGCUCGCUCAGGUGGAAGAGGCACUGGAACAACAGCCAGAUGAGCCAUCCCUGGUGAAGCUGAAGAAUGACCUGACAGAAGUCAUUGUGCUGACAGAGGACUUGGUCAAGUACCAGGCUGCUGCCCCCACAGAGGCAGAGCAGGCGGGUGCGGAGACGGCAGGCACCACCGGGCGCGCCAGCGUGGUGCCGCAGCAACCAACCUCCUCUCGUUCAGCAGCAAAGUCGGUGCACACGGCCCUUGUGGGUCGUACUUGCGAGGCAUUCUUUGAGCAGAAGUGGUACAAUGGAGAGAUCAAAUCCUUGCGCCGCGACGAACGCGGCCAAGAGCGAUGCAUGGUCGAGUUCAUUGGCUUUUCCAACCAGCGUGAGUUUAAGGUCACCGAUGUGCGCCUGCUGCGGCCGCCACAUCCAGCCCAGUGUCAGCCGGGCACCCGCUGCCAGGCCAUUUUCCCGGAAGAUGGUCUUUGGUAUGACUGCGUGAUCACGGAACAGACUGAGAAGGGUUACAAGAUCACCUUCAUCGAUUACGGCAGCAAGGCGGAAGUGAAGUUUGACCAGAUCCGGCUGCAGAGUACGGGCAAAGUGGGUCAGCAGAAGCGAACCAUCAAGGAGGUGACAACGCCAGCUGGCUACAAGAUUCCUGAGAGCAUGCAGAUUCAGAAGACUGACACAGAGGACAUCAUUGAUGCCAAGCGAAGGAAGAUCACUGCCAUCAAGAAACAGCAACGCCUGGACAAGUUGGAAACGGAGCACGUGAAGCAGCAGGCCAAUUGGCAAAAGUUCUUCUAUAAGAAGGCCAGCACCCGCAGCAAGUGCGGCUUCAUGUCAGGAAAGCCCAAGGAUUCCAUCUUCAAGGUGCCGGAUGCCCUUGAGGGCAGGGUUGGCUUCAUGGGAAGUGGAAAGGAAAUGACCAAGUUCCAAGAAGCCAGGAAGUUCACCUACCAAUACGUUUGA